GGCUGACCGUAGCACGAACAUUGUCACUCACAAAUCAUCGCCGCUGCUAUGGGGGUGUGUUGAGAUUAGAAGAAAGACACAUUAUCAGGCUCAACUAACGGUUUAUGGAUUUCAUGAUGAUGAAGAAAAAGAAAUUCAAGUUUAAAGUGGAUUUCGAGCUGGAUGAGCUCUCCUCCGUCCCCUUUGUCAACGGUGUCCUGUUUUGUAAAGUCCGACUCCUUGACGGAGGUUUCUCCGAGGAGUCGUCUCGGGAGCCGGUCCAUGCUAACUGUGUACGCUGGAAGAAGAGGUUCUCCUUCCCCUGUAAGAUGAGUGCCACUGCUGGGACGGGCGUGCUGGACCCCUGUGUGUGCCGCGUGUCUGUCAGGAAGGAGCUGAAGGGUGGGAAGACGUACGCAAAGCUUGGCUUUGCAGACCUGAACCUGGCUGAGUUUGCUGGUUCUGGGAACACGACACGCAGAUGUCUACUAGAAGGUUACGACACCAAGAACACCCGGCAGGACAAUUCUAUACUCAAGGUUAUCAUCAGCACACAACUGAUGUCCGGGGACCCCUGUUUUAAAACUCCUCCUUCUACAGGCACAUUCAUCGGCGUCCAGGGAGAUGCAGAGAGCCUUCUGGAGGAGAGGAAGGGAGGGGACAACCAGAAGGCCUUCAUGGAGAGCCGGGAAGGAAAGUGUCCCUCUGUUUCCGAUGAACUUGGGGGCUCCUGCCAUUCCCGAACAUCCAGCUACGCUAGUCAGCAGUCUAAAGUCUCAGGCUACAGCACAGGUCACUCGCGCUCCUCCAGCCUGUCAGAGUGUACCCACCGCAGGAACACUUCUGUGGGCAGUGCCUCCACCGGCAUCGCCAGUAUCCUGGAGCCCUCUGACGACACUAGGGACACCAGGGACCAGAGGGAGAGCAGGGACCGGGAGAGGGGGGAGAGAGGAGACAGGGAAGCCAGGAUGGGGAUGAUGCCCCCUACUGCUGGGGCAUCAGCCUGCACAGCCCUGCCUGAACACCGCACCCCCACCAGUACCACUGGCUCCUGUACAGACACCCCGGUGAAGAGCGCCUCGUCCUGCGAACGCCUCAACAGACACCUGGUGAAGCAAGGCUCCAUGGAAGGUCAGAUGAUGAGGGUGGAGGCAUCGAGGGUGGAUGCUGAUGACGUGGUGGAGAAGAUCCUUCAGAGUCAAGACUUCACCCCCAGCCUGCUGGACUCCAGCCAUGAAGAGGAAGGCCUGCGGUUGUUUGUCGGUCCCGGAGGAAGCACUGCCCUUGGAAGCCAUCACCUGCCUACCAGGGUUGGUGCUGGUGCAUAUGAACAGGUGGUGAUUAAGCGUUAGGCCUAAACCCCACCAGGAGGAUGAGUGGCACAGCUGAAGUCCAAAAGAACCAUCAGUGGUUUUUAUCUUUCUUUAAUUCCAGCAAGCACAUUUUAUCCAACUGAACUGGCCUGUCAGAAAUGGACUGCAACAGCGCCCUCUGGUGUGCGUACAGACUAUGUGCACUGGCUGUAGUCCUGUUAGAUUAGCUCAGUGAAGUCAAGAAGAACAUCACCACGCCUCCAUCUGGGAAAGGAUUCAGACUAUUAAAACCUGCAGUUUGAGGUCACAGGAAAACCUGACCUUUUCAACUGGAGAUCAAAGUGAUUUGGUUCUGUGUUUGUCACCAGAAUGAAUGAAGCCUUAGCUGAAGAGGAGGAUGAUGCCAUGCUU